UGUUGCCAGAGUGCUGCUCACUGAGCUGAGGCUUCCCAUUCUCUUGGGUGCCCUUUUAGGCGAUCUUCCCGCCGAUUUUGGUGGCAUUGUUGAGGAUUCCUAAAUCGAGGACGUGGGCUGAUGGGGAAGAUGCGAUGGCGAUGAUGGCGACGGUAUCUACACCUGUUGUCGGACCAAACCUCGCAAGACUCACAAUCUCGUGAGUGGAGGUCGACGUCACGCGUGUUAUCGACGGAAUCAGACCCACGUGGAGUGCCACGAUUGCCACCCAGCGAUCUCCAAGUCAACGAUGACAUCGCGAGCCUGCUCUUCCGCACUCGUCAACACCUCAAUACCACAUCACACCACGCUUCUCGGUACGGCGUGAACGCUGAGUCGUAGGCGUUACUAUGUCCGCACUAUUCAACUUCCAGUCGCUGCUGCUCGUCUUCCUUCUCCUCGUCUGCACAUGUACCUACGUCCGCGGCGCGGCACCAAGUAUUGUUGACCGGAAUAGAGAGGGUUUCCUUGGUCUGUUCUGGAAGUGCGCACGUAUUGGCGAGCGGCUCUCACCAUACGUCUCGCUCGCGUGCGUGAUCAUGGCGGUUAUGAUUAUGUUGGGAAAGUAGACAUGUAUAGUAUCUGGUUCUGUUUCAUCGCGCCACUAUCA